AUGGAUGCUCGAAGGGGUAUCAAAAUGUUUUCUAAAGUUGAAGUUCCGAUUUUGGGGGUCAUAGAGAACAUGAGCUACUUUAGAUGUCCCCACUGCAGUGAGCCUUCGUUUAUUUUUGGAAAAGGAGGAGCUCGUAGAACAGCUGAGGAAAUGGGCAUGGCAUUUAUUGGUGAGAUACCACUGGAGGGGGAGAUCCGAAGUGGUUCUGAUGAAGGUGUCCCUAUAGUGGUAUCAAAGCCUGAUUGUGCUGUCUCAAUAGCAUACACUGAUGUCGCUCAAAAAGUUGUGCGCAGACUUGAAGAAUUGGCCAAAGAGCAACAACUCCGACCACAGAUAACUCUGUGA